AUGGAUUUCCUUUUGCUAAAGGUCUUCCUGAUGCAUCUUGGCAUGUUGUUUAGUGUUCCCUUGAUUUUCAUUGUCAUGCUCUAUUUUAUGUCACCAGCCACGCUGUUCACACUUGGCGCAUGGUGCCUGUCUUGGAAAUAUGGGUUAAAGGAGAGAUACGCUGAGCACCAGGGCUACAGGUUCUGCUACUUCUCCCUUGGGAAACCGAGCCUCAAGCCAUCCAUCCUGUUGCUUCAUGGCUUCUCACUCAGGAAGGAAUCGUGGCUAUUUAUAAUUAAAUACUUCCCGAAGGACACCCACUUGAUCUGUAUUGACAUGCCUGGGCAUGGGAAAACCUCUUGUUUGCCAGGAGACAGCUACAGUGGAUUUGAUCAGGCUAGAAGGAUACACCAGUUUGUCGAGUGUAUUGGUCUAAACAGACAGCCUUUCCAUCUGGUUGGCAUCUCCAUGGGCGGAAUGGUUGCUGGCCUUUAUGCUGCUCAGCAUCCUUCAGAUCUCUGUGCCUUGACCCUCCUCUGCCCAGCCGGCCUGAGAUACCCAGUAGAUAAUGAGCUUAUGAAAAAAAUGAAGGAGCUGGAGAAAACCCACAAACUUUACACUGAGAACCCUCUCAUUCCUUUGACUGUGACGACUAUAGCUGGCUUUUUAAAACUCACCAUGUACAAAAGUAUGAAAUUACCAAAUCAGAUUUUGAGGGGAAUGCUCAAACGCCGGGAGCAGGAGAGCAAUUUCUUUGUAAAAUGUUUUUCAGACCUGUUCAGUGAGGAGAACAGGUACCAACUUCAGGACAACAUAAGCAAGAUCAAGACUCCAACACUGGUCAUCUGGGGAAAGAAUGAUCAUGUACUCGAUCCAUCUGGAGCAGAAAUUUUAGCCAGAGCUAUUCCUGACACCCAAGUGCACGUGCUGGAGAAAUGUGGACACCUCAUAACGUUAGAUUGGCCCACAAAAGCCAUGGGAUUUAUUAUGGAUUUUCACACUUCACUUUCUAUCAAGAUGAGUAAAAAACUAGUAUAA